CUCUAAAAAACAAAAAAAAAAAAAACCCGAAAACAAUUUUAAAAAAUUACUCUAUGUGAUUUAGAUAUCCCCUGAAAUCUUGGAGCCUAGCCUCAAGGUCUCAGAGUCCUCACUGAAUUUUUUCCCAUCUCGUUUAUUGUAUAUUCUCACUCCUCCGUCGAUUAUAUUUCCUAGAUGCCUACCCUGAAUGCCGGCAGAAUCACGUUGAAGUGGUAACGGGUCUCAGCUCCCAGAGAGCUCCAUUGUAAGAGGAGACUAAAAACUAGCACUUACUGAGUGCUUCUCGGGUGCCAGUUACCGUGCUUUUCCUGUAUUGUCUGUAUUCCUGUAGUCUUUGUGGCAACCCGGCGAGGCAGGUGUUCGUAGCUCACCUUGUGGAUGAGGAGCCUGGAGCACAGAGAUGGAAUGACUUGCUCAAAGCCAUAGAGCUGAUGAGAGUUUGAAUUGGGGAGAAUCUCCUCUUUGGCCGAGUGGGAGCACAUCUCCGAGCUGCUGACUGACAGACGUGAUGUUUUCCCGGUUGCUGUCGGUGGCCCGGAGACAAAGGACCGGCCGAGGAUGGCAGAACUGGUCGUCGGGGAGAAGCGGUGCGCCAGCUGCCGAGGCGCAUUCUGUCGCCCUGCCUGCCCAGGCACAGGUGGUCAUCUGUGGCGGUGGAAUCAUGGGCACAUCCGUGGCCUAUCACCUCUCCAAGAUGGGCUGGAAGGAUAUUGUCCUUUUGGAGCAGGGCAGGCUGGCCGCUGGCUCUACGAGGUUCUGUGCCGGCAUCCUGAGCACCGCCAGGCACUUGACCAUCGAGCAGAAGAUGGCAGACUAUUCCAACAAACUCUACCAGCAGUUAGAGCAAGAAACAGGGAUCCAAACAGAGCCCCUGCUGAGUUCCCUCCUGCGUCGGAUGCCAGACCUGGAGACUCUGGAGAUCGUGAAGUUGGUCAACUGCCCCGAGACCUUCACCCCAGACAUGAGGUGCAUCAUGGGCGAGUCUCCUGCAGUGCAGGGCUACUAUGUCCUAGUGGGAGUGAACUCUGCUGGCCUGUGGCUUGGAGGAUGGGCUUGAAGGUUGUCAGAGGAUGGUGAAGACUCAGAUGCCAGCACAUGCGUUCAUCAGGCAGAGGAUAAGAAGAGCCAGAAAUCAAGGUGGUGGGUUCUCCCUUCAGUGAAGCAAAACCACUUUUAGAAAACGGUCAUUCCUGCCACUUCCAUGGUGGGGAGGCGGGGUUAACAUUUCAAAUGCAUUCAGAGGCAGGGUAAGGGAGAAAGGUGGAGUUACUUUCCACUUGUAGAACGGAAAGAGGUAAAACUGUUGGUGUGUUUAAGAAGGUAGAAUCCAGGGACAGCACGUCUCCUGGUGAGAGUCCAAGUAGCUGGACUCUCCUCCUGCAGAAACGGGGUAACUGAGGUUACUCACUGAGCUUAACGGUCUCUGGGCCCCUGUUCUGAACAGCAUCUCUUGUAUUUGGGGGUACAGGGCCCCCCAGCCAGGCACAGGACAGGAGAUAGGCUAUCCAAGCAGGUAGAUCUUGUCCCUUUUUGCUCUGUGUUCGUCUGAGGCUGGCACACUUUCUGUUUCCAGAUAAAACAAGAUUGUCCAGUUGAAUAUGUGGACAAGACAGAAGAACACAGAGCCCCUCCCUCAAGAGACCAUAAGAAGUGAUGAAGGAUCAUUUCACAGAGAAAAAAGUACCAGCCAUCUGAAACCCAAGUCCUACCACGCAUUCACAAAGCAUCCAGAUCCUUUGAAUCUCUAGGGACAGAGGAGCAGACACACAAGGCAAACCCGUGAUGGGAACGACAGACUGCAGGAUGUUCUGUCAGGUAUGCUGAAGUCAGGAACGAGUCACCCACUUCAGGGUUAGGACCAAAGAGAGACAAGUGCCAGAUUCACAUUGUUAACCAAGAAAGAUUUCCAGGGUGAAUUUUAAAGUGCCAAAAGCUGAGUGUGUGUGUCAGGGCACUCAAUAAAUACAUCUUGCCCGAGUCU